CUACGCCUAUAAAUACUCGCCACUUUCUCAUCUCCCCCGUUCACUUUGUUUACUGAUUAAGCAACCAGAGUCUCGAUCAAGUCUCCUUCUUCGAGAUCAGACAGCUACCAGCAUUUUUCCCUCGCUUAGUUCCUUCGCACUCUCGGAUCUCCCUGGAGUCUACCAACUCAUAAUUCACUGGAGUCAAGCAACUCAUAAUUGAGGAUCCUCCCGCUGGAACAGAUAACUGCCCUUUCUCACAAAAGUAGAGGGAUUUUAUCCGAGUGCAAUGUUUGCUCCAGCUGCUUCCACGACUGAGAUUGAUUUUGACUGUACUUUGGCGGAGCUCUUUGGGUUAUUCACAAGAAUGGCGAGUGGAACAUCUCCACCAAGCAAUGUUGUUACAGAUAUAAAUCCUUACAAAUAUGCGCCCUCCAAUUUACCUGCUGGUGUUUGGUACUUUUUAUACUCCAAGGAGAACAUUGGUACAGAAUAUGGUAUCUGGAAGGCCAAAGAGGAGGCCUGUGAAAUAUUUUCAGAUACUUCCAUUAUUGGUUGGAGGAGCACACUUGAAUUCCAUGAAGGUCAGGUGCCAGAUGAGCACAAGAGUAGCUGGAUAAUGCAAGAGUUUACUAUAACUCAGAAGAGACCAUCUGAAGACAGCGAGACCAAGGAAGCAGGCAUAUUGUGCCGAAUUUUUCUUGAUGGUGUACAAAAUUGUUACCUGGACAAGCAAGAGAAGAAGUCUGGUCCUGAUAUUGGGACUGAAUUCCAUGAUCAUACAAAGCAACUAAUUGUUCCAAUAGCUGAUAACAACUCUGGAAAAGGUUCUUCCAGCAAUCUCCUGGUGCAGAAGGGUGACAAGGUAGAAGAAUCACCUGUUUCAAGGAAACUUACAAAUUAUAGUGCUGAAAACCUGCCUGAACUUGAUUGCUUUAGAGGUGAUUACUUGGAGUUGCUGGAUCUUGAUAACCCAGCAUCAUCGUCUUCCAGUUCAGAAAAUUCAAGUCGCUUUUCCUUGUCAUCAGACGAAUAUUUUGAUCCAUUGGCUUUGUUGCAAGAGCUUAGGUCUGAAAAUAGUGCAGACAUAGAAAAGAGGGAUGCAAAUUACAAAUUCAACAUCAGUGAAGCCCGCAGAUUAACUGAGGUUGUUGUAACUGUUCCGGCCAUUUCAGGAAAUGUUAUUGAUAUUGGAAGAACCAAAUCUCCUGUCAAAGAGAUGAUGAAGGCUGAUUGCUUUGUGCCUGGAGAAGGAGAUAGUAUACAUCUGGAUGACAGACAGGGAGGUUUGAAAUCAAAGUACGUUGGUGAAGGUCCAUCAUCAAACUCUCAUAAUGUGUCUGAAUCUUGGGAUAGCCCCAUUGUAGCUCCAUGUGGGGAAAGGAAAUCUGCUGCUGGCAGAAUGAAAAAGCUCAAGAAGAAGUACCUCUGCUUUAUGCCAUUUUAGAUCCUCUAGUAUAAUACUGUUAGGGUGUGUAACAUAUAAUUAUAAUUCACGCACAAUGCACAAAAUUAAGUUGUCUUAGGGAGUAGAAUAAGAAAUAUCGUUGCAAUGCAAUGUUUAAACACAAGAUCAGGAAGUAUAGUAAUUUAGACAGAGUCCAGUUUGUGUAUGUUUUCUUGUUGAUAGCAGAUUAAUGAGCUUCAAGAGUAGGAGACUGAUGUUAUGUCAUAGGAAAGGAACCUAGUUACUUGGUUUACAGUUGCAAGGUUAGGCAAAGUGGGUUCUCAUGAUAUCAUGACGAGCUCUGUUGUUGUAAUAUUAUUUCGUUUCAUAAUGUAAAACUCUCUUAUGUUUUUUUACCG